AUGGCUCUCAAUCCUUGGAAUGCCCCACAGAUGCCCGGUGGGGGUGCGAAUGGUUGGCAACGAGGUCCGACACCGGCACAAAUGGGAGGUCCUGGAGGUCCGAUGGGACGAGGCGGAGCUCCAGGUCGUGACGGUCCACCGUUUGGCUGGCCUCCACACGGUCAUCCCCAAGCGAUGCCUCCGCAAUGGGCGGCCGCUCCCCAUCCUGUCCAUCAACAGGCUCCCUGGCAACAACCCACGCAAAUGAACCAGAUGCCGCAACAACAUUGGCAAGGUCCAAUCGAUCAGAAAAAUAUGCGCAUGGUCAAGAUGCAACCCCAACAACAACCACAACAAUGGGGAUCUCAUAAAGUGGAUCAAGGAACUCCAUGGGAAGCAGUGCCUGGAAAUGUGCCUCAAGGAGGAGGCAAAGAAUGGCAAGGAGGUGGCCAAGGAAACGCUCCCUGGCAAGCUCCACCAAUUCCGGGAAACGCGCAACCACAACCAUGGCAAUCUCCCGAAUGGCAACAGGCACAGCCAGCUCCAUCUCGUGGCGAACCGACCCCGGUCGGUCAAUGGCAACCCGCGCAAGGUGCUGGCGCGGCUCCUCCAUUGAUGGCUAUGCAACCACAACAAUGGGGACAACCACCACCGAUGGGCGCUGCUCCACAGCAACACAUGCAACAACACAAUGUUGAACCGACUGCCGCCCGGCAACCACAAGAGCGAGGAAUGGAGAAUCCCGGCCAAUUCGGGCCAUGGGUUGCCCCGUAUCCGACCGAUGUAAAUAAUGAUAUGAUGUGGCACGAUCCGAAUCCGAAACAGAAAAGAAUGCAGAGGGAUAUUGGGACUCAGCUUUGGGGUGACCCGUCGAUGCAAGCUCAAGAGAUUCGUCGCUGGAAAGAGCACGCCGAUGAUGAGGUGAAGCCAAGCAGCUCCGAUUACAAUGCUGGUUGGGGUGAACUACCUGGAGACCGUUGGGGUCAUGGAUGGACUGAUGACCAUGAGGUGAGCGAACCGUUCCAAGGAGGACGAGCCGCAGAACCGCACAGACCUGAACAACUUGAGCAACUCACUCAACAAAUAUCAGAAAAGCUCCAAAAUGCGGUACGCAAGGGUUAUGUGAGAGUGGAUCUGCUUGAGAGACAACUACCACCAGAAAAGAUCGCUCUUCUCAAUACACUUCUGCAAAAAGUACCGAAACUUGAACAAGCCCAGCAAGAGCUCGAGCAAUGCAGAAGAACUGGUUUGACCAGCGUGCCUGCUAAGAAUGAAGCCGAUCGCCUCACAACUGAAAUCGAACAACUGAGAAAUGAAAUGUUGAUGAUUCAGAGUAAAAUUGCCGAACCAUCCGCUCAGCGAGUUCCACCAGCAACUGGUGCCGGGUCCCGUCUCCAACAAUGGCGUAAGACUACCACCGAUGAUGCGAAAGGGCUUGGAGAUCUUGGAUUGGGUGCAAUGUCAAUGAAUGACCGUCCUGACUGGUCAACUGGAGCUGAAUGGGUACAGGGAGAGCUCGGAAAUGAUAUGCUGAAAGACGACGAUGGAAGCGGGGAUGGACCGAGAGAGUUCGUGCCUGGAAAGAAAUGGGAAUGGAGAGAUCCAAACAAGGUUGCUGAGGAUCCAAAUGCCACUCCGGGACUCUUUGGAGGACCGACUCUCGGCGGAAUGUUUACCACGUGGGGAGGUGGAGAGGGUAACACUUGGAGCAAUUCACCGGCCCCUGAUUGGGUGGCCAUCCAAUUGGGUCCGAAUGUUGGAGAGAAAACUGUGCAUGCAACCGCUCAACAAGUCGGAUCACUUGCCCAAGCCCUUGUCGCUCGACAAGCCCAAGGACAAAUCGCCUAUUUGAGAUUCCACGAUCAACCGGCCGUUCAAGCUCAAGCCAAGAUGUUGAAGAUUUUGCCAUUCGCCCAAAUCUGGACGGUCUCCGACGCCGAGGUCCCAGCCGACAAUAUGCCGCAAGCGCCGGGUGGCCCAAUGGGAGGAUGGUCUGAAGCAUCGAAA